CAAUCCCAAACCUAGUCUACCCAAUACCCGCGCCUCUGCCACUUCUUGUUUUCCCCGCCUAGCCAGCACGUAGCCUCCCUCCUCCUUAUCCAACUAUCGCCAUGGACGCGUCCAGCUCCUUCUGGAGCCAAAUCCAGCACGAGGACCUCUCUCCGCGAUCCCCUAUCACGUUUCCUCCUUGCUCCACCCUGCAGAUCCACGCUCUGCCCAUGCUCGAGCUCGGCACCGAGGACCUCCCGCUCGAGCUCGACCGCAUCUCCGGCGAACCUCCCUCGUGCCUCGCCCUCAUCCUCAUGCGCCCUACUGCGACGUCCUCGCCUUCCUCCCGCGUGCAGACACACAAGGGCUCGACCUCCCCUACUCCGAGGUCGCCGGCUACUAGCGCGACCACCAGGAACUGUCGCUCGCGCCCGCGUAGCUGUCGUGGUCUUGCGGCGCUUGUGUCAUGGCCGUCGAAGCCGCCGACCGCCGAAGCCUCCUUCCUGCUGGCCGACCGGGUCCACCUCACCUCCGACCAGCCUUUGCCGGAGCAGCCAUCCUCGACCGGCCCCCUCGCCACGCCACUGGAGAGGCUCGCUGGUUGGACCCCUCUGCCUUAUCGUGCCUCCUGCUUCCUCCCAUCCCUGCCUGCUCAUACGAGCGCUUCCUCUGCUCGUCGUGUGUAGCGCCACCAACAGUGUCGCUACUCGCCUACCUUGCGUCGCCAUCCCCCGCUUGAAUAGAUGUUGCUUCGCUGUUGCCCGCCUCCUUUGCACCUUCCUCACUAUUGUUGUCUCGUUGGCCAAGCCAUUAUGUUGUUGCAUGCCUCCUCUGUUGACAACCAGCCCCGCCGGAGCUCCCCCUUGAUUCGCUCGCCGGUGCUUGUUGCUCCGCUCGACAGCCAUCGCCAGUUGUUGUCAUGCCUUGUUGCAUUCGGUUGUGUACGGUCCUUCUGGACGCGGUUUUUCUACAGCGCGUUGCGUUCACAGCGGCAAUCCCAGCCGCUAGCGUGCGUGUGAGGAUCAACGCCACAUGCAGGCAAGUACAGUGCGGGACCAUGCAUGCGGCUCGUAUUGUUAUGUAUAGCGUUUUACCCGGUCAUCCAGCCCACCGUAUUCCACUCUUAUGGGCCCUCCCAGGUUCUCUCAUGUCAAUGCAAAAAAAAAAGGUUCUCUCAUGUGACCCCACCUUCCCAUUAUCCCUUCUCUAUCACCUGAGGACAAGAAGCUCUGCUUGUUCCGCAGCAAUGGCGACGAGGAGCGGCUACACCGGAGAAGGAGGAAGCUCAAUCAUGUCCACGGGAGUGUCGAAUCAAGCGAAGCUCUUCAGCACGUCCACGAUAUAGAGGGCGAACUGCCUGAGCAGAUUAUCGAUCCGAAGUUCUGUGGCAUGGAUACCUCGUCUGUCCACAGAUGUUUAUCCAUGCUUAUCCUCGCAUCUCACCCAAUCUGCAGCACGUCCCCGGAUAGAAGACAAACUCUCGGUAGAGUUCUUGAUCUGGACUACUACGGGAUAAACAUCACAUCUAGCCCGUAAGGUUGAUGUCGUCCUAGCAGGUAUAGGGAGGAGAUUCCUGGAUGAGCGUAUUAAGUGUUUCUCCAUAGAUUCAUAUUUUCUUCCCCUUAUCAGACAUUUCGAUUUUUUACUUUGAAUCCACUCUGAUAGGUUGCGAUUCAAUAAUGGAAAAGGCCUACUUAGAUGUAAUGACAGAGAGAAGCAACAACGAGUUUGACAAUGAGCAGCUUGUGAACAAGUAGAAGAACACAAUAUUUCGCAAUAAAAUUAGGAUGUCAACGAGGUUGGAUUUCCAUACUAAGCUAUGUGUGGCAUCUUAUUCUUCAGUUGUUAUCUUUCCUGUCGUGUUGGCUUAUCUCCUGUUUACAUAGGAUUUAGUUUAACGGUUCAGAGUUGCUGUAUCAAUUUCCUAGAUCACAUUGUGUCAUUGAUAUCCUUACUGCAAAAAGAAAAACAUUGGCAUAAAUUUAUUUGUAUAUCAUGUUUUGACGCACUGGAAUAUGCAUAAUUUUUAGUA